AUGUUAAAGUGGACGGUUACAAAGCGUUCGGAAGCCAACGCAAAAAAUGUGCUCCCACGGGAUAAAUUGUUAUUGCAGCAGCGCCAACACGCGAGACGUUCUUUGGGAGCGUUAAGUGAGCGCUUAGUCAGCGUCACCGCAGACGGUGCUGGGAACGGUGGAUCCAGAAGCAGGAAAGGUCGUCGAUCACUGGGAGGACCUAUCCGUGAAGUUUGCCCGAACUAUGAUAAGGAAAAUCAAUGCAUUACCUCGACGCCGCAUCCUACGAUUGGACGGAGCGUUGGUUCACCGUACUCUAUGGCGUUGCGUGAUGUUAGUAACAUUACUCCGAACACUACGCCAUGCCGCCUGUCAAACAGUACGCCGCAGAGUCGCAAACGAACAUUAGCCGUUUCGCCCUUGUCGUCAGGCCUGAAGCGAAAAGAGCACGUGGACAGUGUGCGUGAACCUUACGCCACAACACUGCCCACGUUCGACAUUGAGUAUUCUCCUUGUGGCGUGAAGGAUGUGCCGUUCUUAGCGCUUCGUGGGCUGGGAUUGACUGAAUUCGACAAACCGGGUCGUUACUUCCCAGCGGAUGAACAGGAGCCCUCUGCCAAACGGAUGAAAACGUUCACGAAACCACUGCCACUCGUUGAGGAUUGCCAACGUUGUCAACCUACCGAGGACAAGUUGAACCCCUGUUUGACUCCGUUGUCGUCGCGCCUGUCCGAAUUACGCUUUAAUAAAAUCAACUUCAAGCGACCCCUUGCCGUGGGCAAAGCGAUCAACAGUAUGCCGCAGCCAGCACCGCCACCACCACCACCAUCAUCCAUAGAAAACAUGGAAGAUUCCGAGCUGUCGCUCAACUCAUCCGAAAUGGGCGAUCUAACGCUCGACAAGAUGAUCGAUGCCAUACUGGAGAGCGCCAAGAAGGACAGCAGAUGGGCAACGCCACGUCCAAAACGAUCGUUGAGUGUCAAAUCAAAGCAAUCGAAAGGAUCUUCACCCACCUACACGCCUGCAGAUGAUCCUGCGGCAGAUUUGUACCUCGGACUCCGGUGCCCUCCCCGGUUGUAUCGGCAGGAAGGAGAAACAACGAUAAUACUGGAAGAAACGGCGAGCCACAUCAACGAACGGGAGGUAAAAACUCCUGAUUCCACGCAGGAUCAGCAUUGCACGGCUGCCAAACACACGGCGAAGAUUGAUUAUGUGCGUCAAUCACUAAGCAAAUGCGUUGCCGCUAGCCCGCUCGAGGCUGCGUGUCACCUGCGCCGCCAGAAAGCGGUCCGAAGAAAGCACAAGCUUGAAACUGUCGGCAAUAGUGAAAAGCAGGGCACACAGCGGCACGAACUUACGCUCGAGGAUUGUCAGGCGGGCAGUCCCGAGACGCCGCACAUGCACUGCAAUCAGUCGAAACUCAGUCAACUAAAUGUGAUGCAAACUCCGGUACGCGAGGAUCACCUGCGAUUGGGCUCGGAAAAUCCGUCCCAACAAAUGUUGUCGGCCAACGCAACACCCGAUAUACGUUCCAUCGAUUUGCAGGGCACCUCGACACCCACCGGUGGAUCGAUCGAGAAGAGUCGAAAAUGUUUGACCUUCUCCCCGACGCCCAGCGAGGAUUCGAUCGAAAAGCGACGAUCCGUAGCGUCGUCGACGAAUUCGCGCUGCUCCAGAACGAGCACGUUCACCGGAUCGGCAAUCGGUGCUGGUGCGAUGCGCGGUACACUGGAGCUUAGCGUCUAUCUUGAGCAGGAUCGGCGAUUACACGUACACGUUAUCCGGUGUAAAGAUCUUCAACGAAGCACUUCCACUAGCAGUACGGGUGGUAACAACGCUAUUAAUGCGUACGUCAAGGUGGCACUGAUCAACUUCGGAGCGCCUCAAACGGAUUUAGGCUUUCAACGGACCACUGUGCACCGGAACUCAAGUAAUCCCUGCUACGACCAACGCUUCCAUUUCGAAAUUCACCCAAACGACGAGCGCCGCGUACAGCUGGCCGUGUGGCAUCGAGAUCGGGAAUACAAGCGUAGUGAGUUUCUAGGAUGUAUGUCAUUCCCAAUAAAACAUGUUACUGCAUCGGGCAUUAAUGGAACAUACCGUCUGCAGCCACAAUCCUGUCUGACGAAUCCUACUGUACCCAUACUAGAAACAAUGUGUGAAAAUUCACAAUCGAGCAUGGAGGAACUAAUGAACGCUGAAGACAGCAGUAGCGCAAAGGCAACUAGCACGGUUACCUCGACAACCGCGUCUCUGGCUGCCGGAGCAACUGGUGGUAUCAUCGGCAAUGCUGGCGGAGAACAAAUUAGCCUCAGCAAGAAGGCCAUCCACCAGCGCGAUGCAGAUGAGAAUCUGUUUCUGCGCUUCCUGGAACUUGAUCCGUCUCCCGAAGCAUCACAGACGAUCGGCACCGGCGGCGGAGGGAGUCAGACAACACCGGCCACUCCUCGCCGUAGCUCGGUCAGUGCCGUUAGUGGUCCGCUCAAACCAACGACAGGAGGAACAUCGUCCGGUCGGACACCAUUUACCAUUACGAAGCGGUUGGCGCGAACGGGCGAUCGAGGUUUUGGAUUUUCCAUCGUAUGGACUCAUCCGCCCAGAGUGGAAAAGGUUGAAACGGGUUUGUCGGCGGAUCGAGCAGGCAUUUUACCCGGUGAUUACGUGGUGUUCGUCGAUAAGCACAACGUGGUUACGAUGCCCGAACAGGACGUGUUGAACCUGAUUCGAACACAAGGCAAUUCGCUGCUGCUAGAGAUCUUUCGCCGACCACAGUCGACCGGUGGACUACAGCUGCAAAAUCGAACCAAUGGUUUGCGCAACAUGUCCGCUGGACAAACGCUCAGCUCGAAUUUUGGUGGCAUCACGAACAGCACGGGAAACAUAACUACGCUCAACGUGUCUGCCGGUGGUGGUGUUCUAGCGCAACCGGAUGAAGGUGAACCAUUCGCGAGAACUUCUCCGUCUCCGUUCGGUGUGGCUCGAUCAUCCACCGCGUGUUCGAAUAUUUCGAUUGAAACCGCCAAGCGAAAACUUCAUCUACCACAGGUCACUUUUAGCAAAGAGUCAAUUGUUCAACAAUUUCCUGACGAUCAUCGCCGCAAGUUCCUCUAUCAGCUGAUUAGCCGUGAACAGCAUUUUAUUAACGCCAUCAAUUUUGGUAUUGAGCGAUUUGUCAAUCCACUACGCGAACGAAAAGACUUAAUCUCACCGAACGAUCACAAAAUCCUGUUUCAAAACAUUGACGAGCUAUCGCGAAUAUCUGAAGAUAUUCUGGAGCAAAUAAUUCAGGACGAAACCGAACCACAAAUCCAUUUUGCUUCCCGUGUUUAUUUAUCGAAAAGUACAGCACUUUGUGCGGCUUACAGGAAGUAUUGCAAUGGACUGAAGAAAGCAGAUUGCGUUUUGGUCAACAAGUCAAGAAAUUCGAACUGUGAUUUUAUGAAAUUCAUUACGGAGCCACCGGUACCAAGGAAACGUCCAGAUCUAACUACAUUCAUACAUCGACCGCUUCAGCAUUUUAGGGAAAUUUUAAAAUUAGUGCAAAUGAUAGCGUCCCAUUGUCGUGUAGAUAGUGAAGAACAUAAUAAUUUCAGCAGUAUCAUAAGCGAAUUACAGGCAACGUACCGUGAAAUAACCGUUGGUGGAGGGCUUAUGGAGCCGAUCGGCGAAGGGCGUCCACUUUUAACGUUACAGGAUUUAGAGGCACGCAUGGUGUUCACGAAAUGCAAACCAUUUCAGUUGGCAUCCCAUGGACGGCAGUGGAUUUUUGGUGGGGAUCUGUCACGAGUUGAGGGACGCUCUAUAAAACCUUACUGGACGCUGCUGUUUAGUGACAUCUUGCUGUUUGCGAAAGUAAGCCGAGACCGUGUGCUGUUUAUUACCGAGGAACCGAUAGCACUAUCCACAAUAACUGAUUCCUGUUUUAAUAUUCGCAAAAAAGGUACUGAAUUCCGAAUCACCAUAGAUCCCAACGGCAGACAGAUUGAAAGUCCCACGGUACAUUGUGCACCGGACUUAUCCCGGACACCGAAAAAAAAUUCCAAAAAACGGUACAUCGUACUUCGCGCUCCGUCGACAGAAUUGAAAGCAGUGUGGCAAAAUUUGCUAACAAGGCAAAUUUUUUUAGUAAAUGCAACUCUAGGAUCAACACCAUUAAGCAGCCCACUUGACUCACCGGAUAUUUUGCAAUCGUUUGUACCAAUAAGCGAUAUCGGAGCGACGGCUACAUCAGCAUCCUCGGUGAAGGUGCCAUCGUUGGAUGGUGUUCACCUAAAAAACCAACAGUCAAGGCUGAGCAGAGUUCCAAAGCAAGUCGAAGAGCUUAUCGAUGAAAAGUGUAGAAAGCUCAAUAAAACCGGUAUACCGCAGGGCAGUGCUCUACAUUUGGCGCAAUGGAUGAAAGGUCAGCUGAAUAAACAGAUCAUCGAAUCCGAUCCUAUAGAUUCCGAACCCGAGCAAUUGGUAGAAGAUUGGUCGGUAGAGCAAGUGAAUAAUCGGUCAAAAGAACUGAACCUGGUCGAUGCUGACGGAAGCCCUUACAGAUCCGCUUCCCAUUGCAAUGGCACUAGUAAUGGGAUUGUAGGCAAAAAUAAUGGACCCCCGAGCCAACCGCCAACUGACGACAAUUCAGCGUUUGAGGACGAUGAUGAUAAUAAGAGUGUUUCUAAGAGCACAACAUCCGACAGUCAAAUAACUGUGAGAUCAAGCCCAUUAAGCAACAAGUUGGACACGAUAUCCGUGUGUCGGCAGUGCCACAAGAACUGCAAAAGCCGCUUAAAUUCACCAAGCAGCAACUCACUGACGGUGCAGCACAGCCACAGUACUCCGUCAAAUCGUUGCUGCGUGUCCAACUCCACCACCGGUAGCAGCCUCAAUAAGAGCCCGAACUCAAUGUCAAGCGUAUCCUCGUCAAGCACAUUGACCAUGCGCGGAAGAGCCGCGGCCCAGGAAGCGGAUUGCGCAAGUCAAGGAUCGAUAGCGGAGGGUGCAAUCUGCCACCGGCAGGCAUCGCUUGUUCAUGUGAAGCAGGUAGGAGAGUCCGAACGACAUCUGCAACUGUCGACCAACGGCAACUAUAAAACAAUGUGCCAAACACCAUGCCAUUGCAAGUGUACACCAAAAGAUUUCGAAAAAAGCACUCUCAGUCCCGAUGAGUUGCUACACGAGCGGGUUAAAAUAUUGGAUAAUGUUUGCGAAGCCACCACCACCACCACCACAAAUAUAAUCAUUCAGCAUUCGAAGGAUACUAGCAAGAUGAAUGGUUAUCCGCGUUCGUUGCAGGAGCGUGUCGAUGAAGACACUGGCAACCGUGAUGAGCGCAAGUUGGAGUAUAAUAAUAACGAGAACGAUGAUACCGAGUGGUCCUUGAUGGGGUUGAUUGGAUUGGCUCAACUAAAUCCAGCUGCAUCGUUAGUUCAUAUGGAUCCGUUCGAAGCAUUGCCAACCAUCGCUGUAGUACCGCCGACGCCAGAUGCUUUAGGCAAUGUGACUUACGCACGGCAGGUUAUGCCGCCAUCGCCAUGGACAACGCUUGAAAGAAGUCAUCUUCAGCUAGCCCCGAGUAGCUUAAGUUCUGCACACGUGACCGAAGGAACGCUCAGCGACGAAUAUUCGCCCGAUAACUCACCAGAGGACGAAAUAGCCGAACCGCCGUAUAGAGCAUUGAAUCCUGGUUUGAAGCGUUACGGAACAAUAUCGAGUUUGGAGCGAGUUCCGUCGGAGGAUACGGAUGAUAACAAGACAUAUUCUUCAGAAGAAGAUUCGGAAAGUGACAUUAAGAUUGUUACCAAAGAAGUAUACGACAAUAAUACGCAGACAUUUCUGAACUGGACGACCAGGGCGGGCAACUUUAUCGAGGAGUCUCGCGCCUUCAUCGAUCGGUAUCUUGGACGUCGCGACAACAGUACUGAAGAGCCAGAAACGAAUGGUGAUGAUUGGGAGAAAACCCGCGUAGAAAAACGCCCCGGUGAACAGCAUGCGGCGAGCAGUGGCGGCGAUGAGGAGGAAACAGUCGAAGGUGAAACGUCGGCCACCUCUGGGGAGGAAGUUUGGGGUACUCCUACCAGUGGUGGUGAAAAUGACGAUAUGCAGAUAUUUGGAAGCAUUGAACAAACACAUUCGUCGCCAACCAAGUCGUCUUCGUCAUAUACAGGUGACGAUGACACUGAGCUGAUGAUGGACGAAUUGCUGAUGGCGCCUCCGAUGACGGCAAGUGCAGUUCGUGGACUUCUCCCUAGAAGAAAGCUUGAACCUCUGUUCGAAGAGGACAGUGAGAGCGCGGAAUCAGAUGAUGACAGUAAACCACUCAGCGGUCGCGAUCACCAGGGGCAAGCUUCGGAAAAAAAUCCUCCGGUUUAUGCGGAUUUAAACGAUUCCACCGGUACCGAUUCGGUAAGUACGACGCCGUCAUCGACCCCGCAGCCCGAGAGGAGCGAGACGAUCAAGACUACCACUCCAGACGAAAACUAUGGGAGUGUUGCUGACAGAUGUUAUGCAUCUGUGCAGCUCCCGAACACCGGGACACCCUGUGCAAGCGAUACCGCACGUUUCGCCGACAAGGCAAAUGCACCGAUCGGGCUCAGCCCAAGGCUCGAGAUGCGCUUGGCACUGAAUCACGACAUUCUCGGCGACGAAGAUCUGCUCACCUACAGUCCUGGGCCGGACCUGACGGCAAUUCUCGGGCGCGACCUCUCCACAUACCAUCGGAUGAAUGGGAAGGACAUUAUCAUGAAUCGUAUCGUGACGCGUGUGAGCAGCUACAUGAACAUUCAAGCGGCGGUGACAUCGACCCCGGCCAGCAAACCGACCACGGUGGAACCCCACAGCUCUGCGACCAACCAAGCUAUGAAAAACGGAAUGAGCUCAUCAUAUCAGCAAAACAAUUCAAAGAUGGAUACACCUAUACUGCACCGUCGAAAACCUACCGCCCCAGUUACCUGGAGCAGUUUUGGGUUUGCGGAUCGAGAAGAAAGGACUCUGUCGGACCUGGAACGUUUGGCGAGGCGGGAGAAAGUUUACUGUAUGACCCAGCUCAAUCACAACGCUUCUCAGCUGAAAAGAGUAGCUAGCUUUAAUACAACCACGAAACACACCAGUAAGCUAUUCAACUUUUUGUAUCGACGCAACUCGGAAAAUCAACUGGCGGGACUCUUGACCUCGAAAGACAGUGCGGAAGAUAGUGCCACGUGCCAUUCCGAUCCGAGCCGUUUGAAUUCUCCCCGAAAGGAAACGGUGAAAUCACUCGAUCGAAGGUUUUGGAAGCAACUGAGCAAAAGACGACGCGCUAGUUUCCACGAGGAACUCACAACUGGCGCAUCUUAGGUUAACCGACCUUUAGCAUACGAUGCUCUUUUUGCACAAGUGUGUUCUCUUUUUUAACCUAGACUGUGUGUUACUAGACAGCGAUGCUAGUUUGAGCGUCCUUUUAUAACUCAUACUGUAAUGUUAAUAAUGGGGCACCACUAUUCGCAAAUCAUUCUCUCGCUAACCUUAUUGAUCUGUCGCUGCUGCAGCUCAACAGUUAUUGCAGCGAUUUCAACAGUUAUUAGGCUAGUAUCUGUGGAACUUAACACUUUUUUGUGUAGUCAUUUAUGAUACUAUGCGCAAGCCCACAACUCUGUUCAGAAUCUAAUAUGAUCGUGUACUGAUUUUAAGUAUAAUCGUGUUUUUGUGCAAAUAGAAAGACAAGUUUAUGUUCGUACAUUUUCUCUACAGUAGUUGAUAGCACAGAGAACUAACAACUAACAAACUAAAAGAGAACUAAAGAGAACUAGAAGAAAAAUACUGCAGCAUUUCAAGCAUCAAGAAUAUUCGAUACAACGGAAAUUUAAACCAAAAAUACAGGAACAAAAACUAAUCUCGCGUACUUUGGGUACCUUGUUAGUAUGGGGAAAAAAAGAACCAUUUUCUUUAUGAAACUUUACGAAAAGAUAACCAAUGAGUAAGAAACAAUGCUGCAUGUACUACAUAUGACAAGUGACAGAUGGCAUCACUGCUCCGAGAUAACGCAUUAAUGUUCCGAAUCCUGUAAAUAUGCACACUGUUUAAAAACAUUUCCACUCUACUUCAAUAACUAAUUCUUUGCGGUGAUGUAAGUCGUUACAAGAAAUAAUGCACAUAAUUUAAAUUCAGUUUCGGCGCAAGGGAAAGGAGAUUUAUUUGAGAUGUUUUGAUACAAAGGUACGGCUUGACAAUCCACGAUUGCGAGGUUUUAUCGAUUUACUGUUUUGGCGUAAUUUAGAGCAAUUGUUCGAUUACCUCUACAAAAAAAAAAUAUCACCGGAAAAGCCGGCUGAAAAAGCCAGCAAAGAACAUUUAUUUCUCGGUCUGCUAUCGUCAAUAUUACGUCCAGCUGAAUAUGUACCAUCCGCGCCAACGAGUAUACUAUACAAAAUGGCCUCCCGUCCGGAACCCUAGUAACUCUAUGUAAGUUGCUUCGUUAUGAAUGUGAGAUGAUGGAUAUCACUUCUUUUAAUACACCCAAAACGUUUAGAAAGGUCAGACACACUAAAAGCAACCAGACCAGGUAUUGCCAGAUAUCUUAGUGUUAAGUUCGCUAGUGAUAGUUAUUAAAUUUUAAAUAGAUUGUUUAUGUAUUUUAGCUAACAACUAUUUUCAGAAGUUUUCAGAACACUAAGAUGCUUACUAAAAUGAUCAGAAUUGUUUACGUUGCAUCUCUUGUGGAAUGCGGUUAUCCCAACUGAGUUGUAUGGAAGCAACGAUUUCGAAAUGAUCUGUUUACCAGCUCAUGUAUUCUUCUGUAAGAUGUAUUUUUGUACAAUUUACUACUCUUAAAAUGGUAAAAUGCAUCAAAAUUCAUCCUUCUAUUUUACGUCCUUGGACAAACGAACAUAUAUAAUAAUCCUGCAAACUGCAAAGGCUUCUUAUUAGAAACAGAAGAAAUGGAAUGGCUUAAGCUUUCAUUCUCAUUCGCACAAACUGGUUGUACGCACUGUGUACAGAUUAAAACAAAACAAACGUAAACAAAAACGCCAAAAAAGAAGCUUUACAAUGUACAUUUCACAAUUAUACGCCGAAAGCAAAUAAUAGAUCGAGUACGAAUGCAAUAGCUAAUAAAAGAAAACACACAAACACAAACACAAGCAUCACGGUAGUUAACUUUGAAAAGCAUGAUGGGUAAGCGAAAAACACUUUACGUGUAAAGAAAAUACUUCUUACCAGUAGAUACAUCUAAUUGAAUUUGUAAACCCUAAAAUAGAAAGAUCAAAAAGCCGUCUUUUUAAUAACAAUUCAUACAAUGCAUUCAAAAAUCGCUUCAAGUUCGGUACUCUUGCACACACAGAAGUUACCGGUGUCGAUGUCGAUGGAAUCUGCAAUAAAUAAAUGCAAUUUGUCAUUCUUCACGUAGCUAAUUCUAAAAGACAUUCAGAAUAGAUGGGGAUCGUGGCCUACUGAAAUUGAAAGUAAAAAGGGGUGGUAAAUGUAACGGUAAAUCAGUCAAUGCAAUUUUGUGAUAACUGUCACAAUAAACUAAAACAAGGAUACAGAAUCAAGCGAAAGGCGUGAAUAAAAACAACAUUUUGAGUUAAUAUACCACAAUGGCAAUUUGGUAGUUUGCAUAAGGUAAACCACAAUACCACAGAAACAAAAUUAAGGUAACAUUGAGCAACGGGUUGUACGACAAAAAACGAAUUAUGUGAAAAUACUAACAUAUUAACACAAGGAGCUACUAACAAAAAUCUGUCACCAUCGUAUUAGACGAAAAACCAAACAAAACAGUAUUUUGCCUUAAACUGCAAUUCGACAUGAAGUAUUAGACAUGAAAAACAUCUUCACGAAACAAA